ACCUUUUGAAAUCCGGGGACUUCAAUAUUUCAAUCCCCAUGUCUCUCUUUCUCUGGCCAUUAUAGACUCUUUCCUCCCUUCCAUACAUGCUUCUCCUCCACUGCUAUAUAAGUACUUCAUCAUCUGCCCUAGCUUGCUUCCUACUACUCAAUCCGAUUAAUCAUCAUUACAAAAGAGUCUCGAGAUUCGAUAUAGAAACAAAAUCAGAAACUAGUAGCUAGGAGAGAAAAGAUGGGGAGAGCUCCUUGUUGUGACAAGGCUAAUGUAAAGAGAGGACCAUGGUCUUCUGAUGAAGAUGCUAUUCUCAAGUCUUAUAUCCAAGAGAAAGGGGUCGGAGGGAACUGGAUCGCGUUACCACAGAAGAUAGGACUGAAGAGAUGCGGGAAGAGUUGCAGGCUUCGAUGGUUGAAUUAUCUCCGACCAAACAUCAGGCAUGGAGGGUUUUCGAAUGAAGAAGAUGACAUUAUUUGUGCCCUUUAUAUGGCUAUUGGGAGCAGGUGGUCUAUUAUAGCAGCCCAAUUGCCCGGGCGUACUGAUAAUGACAUCAAAAACUACUGGAACACGAAGCUGAAGAAGAAACUACUUGGCAAACAACGCAAGGAAGCACAGGAAGCUGCUCGACGAUCCAACACUACUAAUUAUGCCACCAAUAUUAUGAUCAAGAGUGAAAACAAUUACAUGAUCCCCGAAGCCACCACUCACCAGUACUCCUACUGGCCACAGCACCAGCUUCCAAUGGAUUCCCAAUUACCGGCUCAACUACAAAACAAUCUCAUGAACACUUCCACUUCAGAUCUUCGGAUUCACGAUACUAUCUCGCCUAUUCCUUUUGGAGAGCAGCUGUAUGACAAUUCUGAGUACACGAAUAUCACGUCUGAUGUCAGUAAUUACAUGGAUUGUUUUCAGUUACCGAACCCUCUUGAUUUUCAAGGUGUUAGCAAUUUUGUUGUGAAUGAGAAUCACGACACAAGUGUCUACAAUCCAGUGAUGAAUACGGUGCCUUGUGGAGUGGACAAGGUCAAUGGCUGUGGAGGGAAUGAUGCAACUACUUCUGCAGAAAGCACGAUCAGUUGGGGAGGAGAAAUGAACAGUUUCGUAUGUUCUCCAGUGAACUCCAUAAUCAGUUACGACGUCGAUUAUGCUCCACGGGGGAUGUGUGGAUUCGAAGAUCAGCAGCCGUAUCUUGGCUUUCAGUAUUAGCUAUAUAUUUAGCACUUAAGCAAUGUGAACUUUAUUCGAGUAGAUGACAUAUCUGUGUAUACAAUAUUGUUUUCGUUUCUGAUAAAUAGGAACUUUAAUUUACUC